GCUGCAUGUAGAGACCAACUUUACUUGUCCAGCUCAGAGGACGGCUCGUUUUGAUGAAAAUUAGGUUGUAGGUUGUUGUCUAUCUUAAUACAAUUGUAAAGAGGCGUCGUUUGUGUUUUAACAACGUUCCGCUUAUGAGUUAUUGAUCCGGGAAGUUCGAAUCUGUGAAUAUAUUUCCAACUUUACGGAACUGGUUCAUUGUGCGUAAAGGGCUCGCCUAAUUCCUCAAUCUUUGACAACCCAGGGACAUGGAGGGCAUUUGUUUCGAGGUCAAAUCCAGAGAUGACCCAAUCAAAGCUCACCCUCUCUGUUCUCUUGCACAAACACGUCAUGGAUCGGAGGAUAAGAGACAGAGGGAGGAAGGGGAAGAGGAGAUUCAGUACAGACUAACCCUGAUUGGCUCACUGGCCAUCCAUCCACUGACCACCAUGACCAUGCUCCCCUGGGUAGUGGCUGAGAUACGGAGACCCCGACUGGGGGAGAAGAACUCUAAAGAGGUUCGAGAUCAACCUGUGGUGCUGCAGAUUUCAGCCAACUCAGUGCGCUGCAUUCUAGACACUGCAGGCCCAGGAAAGACAUGGGACCCACUGCAACAUAUGGUUCUGUUUGACCAUAGGCCUCAUCUUAUCACUAAACUCAUUCACAACAGCCAGGAGCCCAGCUAUUUCGGCUGUCUGCUCAGAGAGAAGACAGCAGCAUGCUAUGUGUUCUGCUGUCAGGACCAGCUGCAGGUUCCAGAGAUCAUCAGCACUCUCAGACAGGCCGGCAAAAGUUCUGCCCGACAAGAAGACACUCCCUUAUCAUUGCCUUGCAACAAUCAGACAGAUGCCUCCACGGCAACGACGGCUGAUGCAGCAACAGCCUUUGCUAAGAAGUUUGAAGUAUUGUUCUGUGGGCGAGUGGUGGUGGCCCAUAAGAAAGCUCCACCCGCAUUGAUAGAUGAGUGUAUCGAGAAGUUUGGACGUGUCAGCGUCACAGGCUCACUUGCAGCGGGCAUCAGACGGGCAUUUUCGCUAACACAGGUGACGAAUGGAGCAAACGAGGGAACGGAUGGAGGAGGGAAGCAACCUCUGUUUUUCAAAAGAGAUCUGAGUUUUCCAUCCCUCCAGGGGCUGAAUGAGAACGGCCUCUCACCGGAGCUCCAGCGACGGGCUGCAGAUGGAGCAACUGGGGUCCAACCCACCAGCCUACAGGAAAACAGAACCAUGCUGUUCACUAUUGGACGCUCACAGAUCUUUCUUGUGAGUCCUGACACUAAGAAAGUGGCCAUAGAGAAGAGCUUCAGAGAGAUCUCCUUCUGUUCACAGGGUAUUCGACACGUUGACCACUUUGGCUUCAUAUGCAGGGAGUCGGUGGAGUGUGGAGGCUGCCAGUUUGUCUGUUAUGUUUUCCAGUGCACUAACGAAGCUCUGGUGGAUGAGAUCAUGUUGACUUUGAAGCAGGCGUUCUCUGUGGCCGCCCUCCAUCAGAACAGUAGGACCCAGAGUGCGCAGUGUGACAGCUGUCCCCUUCAGCAGCUGCACAAACUGUGUGACAGAAUAGAGGGGCUUCAUCCAUCCAAAGCUAAGCUGGAACUCCAGAGGCAUUUGGCAGAUCUGGAAAAUCAGGAGCAGGCAGCUGUGUUUGAGAGCACCAUGAAAGCCAGACCUAAAUCGGAUCAGGAAGAGAACGAGUUGAUUGUGUCAUGUCUAAGACGACUGUACGAGGAGAGACAAAAGACACACACUCACACACACAAUGGACCACCAAAAAAGGCUGCUCAAGAGGUUUCUGUGAAUGCUGAAGGCAGUGUGAGUUCCAGUCGUGUGCGUCUGGAGGAGUUCAAGACUAGGGCAAAGAGAUCGCUCACUGAAUCACUGGAGGGGAUCUGGAAGGGCAGCAGUAAGUCCAAAUCCCAGAGGGAGAACAGUGAAGGAGGGAGCAACUCUUCGAGCUCCACCACACUUAACAGCACAAACCAGGAAACCUUAUUGGAGGAGCCCCUCUGUUCUCUCCGCCCCUCCAGUCCACUCCGCUCCCAUAAUUCCCUGGGUGACCUGAAGCGUCUAGAAGGAUCGUUUGAAGAUCAUGAGGGUCCUGAGAGCCCGCCUCAGGGUUUCAGGAGGCGCGCAAGCACAUUUAGUCACUCUCCCACGCUGUCAUCCUCCGAAACCAUUCUCCCCCAUCUACAGCCCACAGCAGCCACCAAACCCAAACUGGUCCGACACUACUCCGUCAGCACAGACUCCCCACACCAGAGCAAUCCUUCCUCCCAUCCGGUCACUUCCUCUUCUGUGUGUCAGCGGCCGAUGCGGCAUUGUGCUUUUGCUCUCGAUCAUUCCGCACUGCACCUUAAGAGGAGUCCAUCAGGGCUGAGUGGGUUCAAAGCGAGAUUACACUCCUCCUCCUCUGUUCCAAAUUUUCUCAAAUUUUUGGCCCCUGUAGUGGAGAGUGAUGAUAUCUGUGACACUCAGAGGAAGAGUGAUGUGGCGGCCCUGUCCAGUCCUGGAGCAGUGUGUACCGUUGGGGACAACAGUCCGUUACAUAGCCGAAGACACUCCUGGAGACAACAGAUCUUCUUAAGAGUAGCCACACCUCAGAAGGGCUCAGACAUCAAAGAAUCCACCUUGGAGGUUGGCAGCAGAAUGGCACUUGGUGGUGGAGUAGGGGGUGGGGACAGCUCUCUGGGGGCGGUGCCAGAGGAGAGGAAAAAGAAGAGUGGGGCGGAGCUAAGAGAGUUAUGGCGGAAAGCCAUUCUUCAACAGAUCCUAUUACUGCGGAUGGAGAGAGAGAAUCAGAAACUACAGGCAUCAGAGAGUGAUCUGCAGUGCAGGCGACUAAAGCUGGACUAUGAAGAGAUCACUCCAUGUCUGAAAGACGUCACUCUGGUCUGGGAAAGAAUGCUAACCACAACUGGGAGGUCAAAGGUUAAAUUUGACACAGAGGAGAUCCAUACAGCAGUAGGACAAGGCGUUCCUCGUCAGCAUCGAGGAGAGAUCUGGAAGUUUCUUUCAGAGCAGUAUUUGCUGAGGCAGGAGGUGCCCAGUGCCAAACCUCCUAAUAAUGACACUCCUUAUAAAGAGCUUCUGAAACAGCUCACAUCACAACAACAUGCCAUCCUCAUCGACUUGGGACGUACAUUUCCGACUCAUCCGUAUUUCAGCAUUCAGUUGGGAGCUGGUCAGCUGUCCCUGUAUAAUAUACUGAAGGCGUAUUCUCUGCUGGACCCAGAGGUGGGCUACUGCCAGGGUCUUAGUUUUGUGGCUGGUGUGCUGUUGCUCCAUAUGAGCGAAGAAGACGCCUUCCACAUGCUCAAAUUCCUCAUGUGCAACAUGGGCCUGCGGAAACAGUACAGGCCUGAUAUGAUCAUACUGCAGAUUCAGAUGUAUCAGCUAUCUCGUCUGUUGCAUGACUAUCACAGGGAGCUGUACACUCAUCUGGAGCAGUACGAAAUCGGUCCCAGUCUCUAUGCUGCUCCCUGGUUCCUCACCGCCUUCGCCUCACACUUCCCUCUGGGAUUCGUGGCUCGAGUGUUUGACAUGCUUUUCCUCCAGGGAUCAGAGGUAAUCUUCAAGGUGGCUUUGAGUCUUCUUGGCAGCCACAAGCCUCUGAUUCUUCAGCAUGACAAUCUGGAGUCAAUAGUUGAGUUCAUCAAAACAACAUUACCCAAUCUCGGCCUAGUGCAAAUGGAAAAGACAAUCAAUCAGGUGUUUGAGAUGGAUAUCAGUAAGCAGCUGCAGGCCUAUGAGGUGGAAUAUCACGUUCUUCAGGAUGAGCUCUUAGAUGGUCCAUCUACCCUCAGCCAAUCACAGAGAGUUGCCCAUUUGGAGAAGACCAAUGGAAGCCUCCGGCAGCAAAACUUGGACCUAUUAGAGGAGCUACAGGUUGCCCAUGCUAAGAUCCGAUGGCUGGAGACUCGUGUUGAGGGCUUGGUGAGUCAAGAAACUGAGCUGCAUUUGGAGGUAAAGACUCUCCAGCAGGAGCGGGCAGAGCUACUGCAGACUGUAUGCAACCUGAGAGCACUCCACAGCAGUCUGGACAUUAACAGCCCCUGUCCUGCCCUGGAAAACCUCACUAACACAAGUACCAACCAGUAACUGUGCCAUUGGGGAUAUGGAGUCUAGUCUUCAUAAACAGUCAACUGUCUUCACCAGGGCUUUGGAAAUCUGAAAUUAAGUUCCUCUUCUUGGUGUGAUAUAGACAUGGGUUCUGUCGUAAUCCUUUUACCCUAUUUCCAACCUCUAGAUUAGCCAUUUUAGAGGAGGAGGUCAGGGAGGAGUUUUCAGGACUCGACACCACUGAAGUUCUUUAAUCGUGGUGCUCAUUUGGAGAGUUAAUAUGCUUUUUAAGUAUCUGGGUCAGAACUGAACAAACAACUUAAAGAUCAAAACAUCACAAAGGUAGUAGAAAUUCCCAUGAUGCUGUUUUUUCCCCAUUCUUGGAGCUUUUGUGACUGAGGUUUACUUUUUUAAUAGACAAAUUUUUUCACUCCAAGAUGUCAAUUUGGAGCUGUUAACAUGACACUGACCCCUCUAAGUUGAUUUGACUGACCGUCUGUUUGCAUUGUUACCGACACAUCAGAUUGACAGUUCCCCAGUAAGCACUGACCAGCCUGCAGUGAGGCUAUGGAAAAUUGCACUUGUGCUGUGCAGUGUAAUGUUUGCACCCUUAUCAUAUCGUGUGUGAUUGUUGGUAUGCAUUUUUGUGUGUUUGUGUGGAUUUCAGUGUGGCCAAUAAUUUCACCAUUGUAUACCAGUGCAAUAUAACUUGAAGUAAAAAAUGACAGCCCUCCAGUACACUGUAAACAUCUGCUGUUGUAAUAGAUACCAAAGAGGAGCUCCAACAUGAGUGCAUUUGCAUUAACGGAGACACUCAUCUGUUUAUUAAAGUUAUUCACUGGAGGCUCAAAUUCAAAUGCUUCUGAUUUACUGUUUAAGAUCAUCCAGAAAUCGUCAACAGACAGAGGCAUCUUCCAAAAUAACAUUAAAGCCAUUCAAACUACAUUCUGUCCCUUACAUUAUUACACACAAUUAUCUGUAAUGCCAAACUUGAUCACACUUUAUCACAAGGAGACUAUCUGUCAAUCUGUCAGUCAGCCUUUACUCUGUUUUUAGCACUGUUGUUGUUUUGGUACCAAAUUAACCAAAGACAUUCAAGUUAGGAUAAGUUACUCACCCUCAUGUUGUUCCAAAUCUGUAUGACUUACUUUCUGUUUGAGGAACAGAAUUAUUUGAAUUAAGUACUGGAUGCUGUUUUCCAUGCAAUUACUGUACAAUGAAUGGGGACUGGAGUGUACAUGCUUCAAAAAGGAAGCAAAACCAUCAUAAAAGUAUCAUAAAGUUAGUCCAUAUUCGUGCACUAUAUUCCAAGUUUUCUGAAGCCACAUGGUAGCAUUCCGUGGCUCGUUCAUGAGAGUUUAUGAGAGUAUUGGCAAUGUCUAGUUGACGAUUGAAUAGUUCUUUCAGGGCGGAUCUUUAAAACGAAUCAGUUGACACCUAAUAAAUUAGUCAGUAUUAAAAGCAAUCUGAAUUGUUCAUUUUUAAAUCAGACCGAUCCAUUCAACUCACCGACUCUGGUCACCGCGAUCCUCGAGUCAAAAGCUCACUAGAGGGAUAGAUUAUCAGUGAAUAAUUUCUUGAAUUUUGACUUAAAUUGAUUUUCUUACACAAAGCUAUUUUUUGGCUUUAGAAGACUUGGAAUAUAGCACACAACUCGUAUGGACCUCUUCUAUGAAAGUUGAAUGGUGCUUUUACAUCUUGUUUUGAAGCUUAAACGUUUCAGUCCCUAUUUAUUAUAAUUGCACAGAAGAGAAGAAAUCAUUGGGGUUUGGAACAACAUGAGGGUGAGUAAAUGAGUAACAAUUCCUUAAAAAAAAAAAAUACUUUUAGGAUUUCCCUGUGACAAACUGCAUGUGUUGGGUAUUUGUACAGUAUGUGUGUUUAUAUGUGUUUAUCUGAGCGCAUCUGUUGGUCGCUAAAUACAGUCGUCUGUUUUAAAUAGGCGUUCAAGAGUUGUUACCUCAGUUUUAGGUUUGGAUCAUGAAAUGUUUUGACAGAUAGAAAUAAAGUGGAAAAAGAGGUGUGUGAAUGAGGAAAGAACAUAGAUUGUCUUGAAUUGUUUGUGUGACAGUAUGUCCUUACCUUCUGACCUCUUGUGCUUUUCUGGAGAAUUUCAUUAAUGUGGAAAAUCAGGGACAAUUAUGUUAAAACAUAAUUUUCGAUAAAGUGUUUUUUUGUUUUUUGUUUUGUAUUUUUAUGGAGAGUAUCCCUAUUAUUUUAUGCAUUAAAAAUACAUUUUAAACUGUUCAACACGAGUUACAUUGAUUUAUGCGAUAUGGGGAUGUUCUUUGGCUUUAGUUAUGUGUGUAUGUGUGCGAGCUUCCUGUUCCAAAGAAAAAAUUUUCAUAAUACUGAUGAAGUUCUGUUGAAUCAGUCUCUUUAAAUAACACUGCCUAGUUUCAUCUGGAUGAAUAAAAAGGAACACUUUAAAAACUGAAA